UAUAGAUGUACAUAAUCCCUGAGAUGACCCAGAAAACAAACUCCUCUGACUGCCGAGACAUUGCAGAGUUCGCCGCAGGGCUGCAUGUAGCCGGAGCAUCAGCUGAAGGAACUACCCCGGCACUGAUCCAACUUCUUCAAACCGAUUCCACAAUAAAAUAUCGGGGUGACAUGGCUGAACACAUGAUGAUGCCCAUGAACCAUGGCUUCAGAAUGGGCAUGAAUGGGCCACCACAGCACAACUGCCAACGCAGUCUGCCCAAUGGCCAGGUAAUGCACUAUGGCAGGAACCCUCAGAGCAAUAUGGAAGCUGCCAUGAGACAGAGACCAGGUAUGGUGGGACCUGGAGGGAUGGUCCCUGUGAAUGGAGCUCCCAUGGCCAACCACCACCACCAAAUGAUGUCUGGUAACAUGAUGUACAAUGGCCAGUGUCCACAGCAACAGCACCACCACUUGCACUCUCAGCAGCAGCAGCAGGGUGGACACCCACAGCAGUACCUCCCUGGGAAUCUCACUUCGCAGCAGCUAAUGGCCAGCAUGCACCUGCAAAAACUCAACACUCAGUAUCACGGACACCCGCUGAGCUCGACUAAUGGUCACCAUCUGCCGAAUGGUGCUCAGUACCGGAUGGGCCCGGCCCAGCUUUCCAGCAUGCAACAUAUUAGUGGGCCUUUGGGGCUGAAUGGUAUGGACAUGGAUCUGAUCGAUGAGGAGGUUCUGACUUCACUGGUACUGGAAUUUGGUUUAGAUCGCAUUCAGGAGCUACCCGAGCUCUUCCUGGGACAGAAUGAGUUUGACUUCAUAUCAGACUUUGUGUGCAAACAGCAGCCAAGCACAGUGAGCUGUUGAGAAAUUUAGUUGAAAAGUGUUUGGUUUGUUUGGAUUUAACAGCCCAAAGAAUGACUGAAUGGCCACAGUAGCACAGCGAGAGGAGACAAUCCCCCUGUUCUGUUUGGGUAUUUCUGUAUCUGUGUAUAUGACAGUGUCUGGUACAGCUUCACGAUGACCUGCCUGUGAGUUGUUGAAGAAAUGUAAUGGGCAAAAACGCAGAAAAAACACCAGGUUUCUCUGCUUUGAGACGGUGCCAGCAAGAUCCGCUGCCUUUGGCCAAAUUGGGGCAUCCUGAUGCAGCGGGCUCCGUCUGUACCCAUCUGGCCCACAGCACAUGUGCCUACAGUGCCAAGGCUUUUCGACAAUUGUAAAUUUAACAAAUACAAUGAGAAAAGCUGACCUAAAAGACGGUCAUUCUGGGUCCACCAGAUUUGGUGUAAUCUUUUAAAGUGUUUUAUCUCUGAUGACAAUUUUAACUAGUAGCAGACUAUAGAUCAUACAAAUUUAUAAAAAGGUAGUUCUCUGAAUUUGUUUAUAUGAGAAAGUAAGGAUUUUUGUGUGCAUAUUGAAGGCUGGCUCUUCAAAACUGACUUCCUUCAAAAGAUGACAUUUCCUUGAAGAGCAGGAGAAUGAAGUUGUGCAUCAUUCCAAAGUGGCACAUUUUAGUUUCUUUUAUUGGUAUAAUGUGCUACAUUGAUUAUUUCACCUAUAAUGUCAUUUAACUGACUGACCAGAUGAAAUCUGCAUUGCAUCUGUUUCCUGCUAAGUAACUAUGAUUGAAUCAUUGCCAAAGUAGCACAUUCCCUUGAGUCUUGACUUUAACAAAGUUUUUAUUUGUGCAUCAAAGUCUCACCACUCCAUGUCUGACAUUCAUAUACGUGUUACAAGACAGGUUACUGCUGUAUAGAAGUGCAAGAACAGAUACAAGGUGUACGCCCUCUUAGCAUCUGAAAAACUGCAUAAUUGUGGCCUAUUUAAAGUGUUAAGGAAAGUUAGACCAACAACAAAAUCAGUUACUGGUGGCAUGCUUAAAUUUGUUUUCCAAAACAGGAUUUUUAAAAAAAAUGCAUUUAAUUGCAGUCUUUGUGUGCUUAGUGUGUACGUUUGUGGAGUAAGGCAUUUAAAUCCCACCGAAGGGCAUCCUCAUCCCAAAAGUCAUCUGUUGGUCAACCGAUCAAGAGACUGUGCAGAGAGAGGGAAUGAGAGAGAGAGAGAUUUUGGGCUGUGGACACAAUGCGUGGACACAGCACUCUGUGCAGCACUUAGUUUAGUCAUUAUUUAAAUCUGUCACUACCUGUGGCAUUGAUUUCAUUUGACUGGAAGAGCAAAAAAGUAGCGAAGCUGAUGUUUUUUGCCAUAAAUGAGCUUGCUCUGCUGUGUUUCUACUGACAGGAUUUAAAUUACAUGUUCUCACAUGCUUGUCUUUACUGAGGUCAGCUUGUGCAUUCUCUAGUGACUCAGUAAUUAUAAAAUGGACAUAUAUGAUGACUUUUUCUAAAAGUAAUUAGGUUUUUGGUCAAGGGUGAAGCCUUUCCACAGCAGGUUGGAUGCGUGAUCACUUUCUGUGCUCUUUGUGGAACUGUCAGAGGAGCCAGGGUGACACUAGUGCACUGUGUUAAUCUGUUCCAAUACACCUGUGCUGCGAUCCCUGCCUCUCACUGGAGAUCUGCCAUCUUGAAGCUCUUGAGUCCAACAAUGGGCAUUGAAAUGCUGUUGUAAAGACAGAAUAAGUGCCAGCACUCUGCUUCACUUUCUCUCUGCCAGAAUUGCAGACACACUCACAACCUCAUAGUUAAGGUGGAAAUUCUUCAGGCCUUAGCAAGACAGUGGCCUCUGAUUACCGCUGUACCAACAAGCGCAGCCUUCUUGUGUAUUGUAUCUUUGUACUGUAGACUAGAGCUGAAGCUAAUCUAGAUACAUUUAAGGUACUUUGAAAAAAAUGUUCAAAACAGCAUUGUCAGAAAUAAAUGUAAGUCAGUGGCUGAUUUUGAUGUAUUGACAAGAGAUUAUAUCCUACUUUUUUGUUUAUUUGUUUAGCAAAAAAGUGUGUAGAUGUUUUUGGGUGCAGGGCCUGAAGCUUUAAGACCAAGUGGACUGCAUGUGUUGAAGGAAGCAAGAGGAAUGCCACUGCUUUCUCACAAAGCAGCUGAGAAUGUACAGCACAGUACUUUGUGGGAGCUUGUCUUACAAUGGUAGAUAAACAUGUGAGAUUGUAAUCCUUAUUCCAAAUUACACACCAUUAAUUUAGGUGACAACCCACCCGCCUAUCCUCCCCCACACAUUCUCAUCUUCCUCCUCCUUUCCCACUUCCACAAAGCUUUUGUAAUGUUAUUGAUUAUAUUUGAAGAAAAUGUAUUUAUUUUCAAAUAAAAUAUUUAUUUAAAGUGCUGUUUUUAA